UUUUGCUGUUGUGUUCUGCAGGUAAAGUAAGGCACCCUCAGGAACCAACCAUCCAUAAACAGAGACCCAGUGGAAGUGGAAAGCACCCGAUAAUUCAGGUCAAUUUCUCAGCUUUUAAUCAGCUUUUUUCCCGCCUCCAUCACGUUCCUGAAAAUCCCAUCCUUCCCCCUUUUUCUCUUCUUUACCGUCCCUCUCCCCCACAAUCUCAAAUCGACAAAGUCUCUCUCGCUAGACUCAAAACUCGCUUACAAACUUGCAUCACAUCUGCCCCGCCAUUACCGCCCAUCUUCGUGAAUAACUACAUCGUCGCCCAUCUCGUGCUCUAAGAGAGCUCAGCACUCACAACCAUGCCUGGAUCCGAUAAAGAAAAUGACGGCCAUGCGCACAUCGAAGUCCCCAGUGACAGCGACAAGCCUUCACCGCGCCCAGACGGCGAGUCAAGCCCUGGCCUCAGGAACAGCAAGGGUUGGGAUGGCAAGCUUCGCAUGCCAAAGUCGGCUUCCAUGACAAACCCAGAGGCUCUCACCGAUUCUGACUACUCUGACGAUGAGAAUGUCAUGAAGGGAGAGCAGAUCGACGCUGAUGAGGAUCUCCUUGAUGACGAAGACCCCGAGACGGACGAAAUUAUGUGUUCGCACUCUCGAAUCGCUUCGAUUUCCUCUCUGCGACUCGAACGCUUCAAGAACGUUUCCCGUAUCUGCCUCCGCCAAAACAGCAUCGAGCAAAUCGACGGCCUGUCCGCCCUUGCCGAGACCCUCGAAGACCUUGACCUCUACGACAACCUCAUUUCGCACAUUCGCGGCCUCGACGAGUUAACAAACCUUACAAGCCUUGAUCUGAGCUUCAACAAAAUCAAGCAUAUCAAGCACAUCAACCACUUGACAAAACUCAAGGAAUUAUACCUUGUCGCGAACAAGAUUGGCAAAAUCGAGGGGCUGGAGGGGUUGGAUAAGUUGACUUCUCUUGAGCUUGGAUCGAACCGCAUUCGCGAAAUCAAGAACCUCGACUCUCUGAAGGCGAUCGAAGAGCUUUGGUUGGCGAAGAACAAAAUUACUGAGCUCACUGGUCUUGGUGGUUUGCCUAAUCUUAGACUACUGAGCAUUCAGUCCAACCGUAUAAGCGAUUUGUCACCACUCAGGGACGUCCCUACGCUUGAGGAGCUAUACAUUUCACACAACAUGUUGGAGUCUCUAGAGGGCCUGGAGCACAAUCCCAAGCUGCAUGUGCUGGAUAUCUCAAACAACAAGAUCACCAGCAUCAAGGGUCUUGAGUCACUUGCUGAGCUGGAAGAGUUGUGGGCCAGCUAUAAUCUCAUCGGCGAUUACAAGGAGGUUGCCAAAUAUCUUGCCGAUAAGAAAGAGUUGACGACGGUGUAUUUUGAAGGAAACCCGCUGCAACUGCAGGAACCUGUGGCAUAUAGGAACAGGAUCCGAAUGACGUUGCCGCAGGUCAAACAGAUUGAUGCCACAUUUGUUCGAACAUGAGUUCGCCUUUUGAAGGCUUCGUCACAGAAAGCAAGGCGUUAAGGCAAUGGAGUUUGGCUUUUUCGAUACUCAGGGUGGCAUCGACGGUGCAUUCAAUAAAUGGUUCAUUCAAAGACAGAUAAAGCUUGAUGUGAGUUACAGUUUAGACAAGGUUCCAGAACAAACAGAGAGUUACCGAGGCCACAGGCGGUCACGCACUGCUCAGUCUUGGUCAUGUCAUGGAGCAAUCAUUUCCCAAAGCGAUAAUCAUAUCACGCAAAAGUGACCAAAUUUGUUGAAGGGUUAACUGUCUUUUGUAUUCUAUGAGAGCGUCU